CUCCAUCCUUUUCGAACUCUAUUACCUAACCAUAUAAAUAUAUGUAUACAUAUCCCCCCCUUCCAUUCCAACCUUCAUCACAUCUAUCUAAACUCUUCUCUCAAAUCUAAACCCCAGUAGGAGUUCAAAGAAGAUGGCCAUCAGGAAAUCAAACAAGUUGCCUCAGACAGCAGCCAUCAAGCAAAUCCUGAAGAGGUGCUCCAGCUUAGGAAAGAAACAAAGCUACGAUGAUGAGCAGGGACUCCCUCUGGAUGUCCCGAAAGGCCAUUUCGUUGUAUAUGUGGGUGAAAACAGAAGCAGAUACAUUGUCCCCAUCUCUUUCUUGAACCGACCCGAGUUUCAGAGUUUGCUUCAUCAAGCUGAAGAAGAAUUUGGGUUUUAUCACGACAGGGGUCUCACCAUUCCUUGUGAAGUAGUUGCUUUCCAGUCUCUGACAUCCAUGCUCAGAUGAAAAAUAUGAAAUUGAUUCAUUGCUUCUGUCAUCAGAAUUUCUCCUUCUUAUCUUCUUUUUUUCCAUUUUACCAAGUUGUUUAAACUCUAACCCCAAAACCCAUAAACAUUAUUUAAUUUAUGUGGGUUUUUAGACUUGUAUAUCAACUGCCAAUGCACCCCCACUCUGUGA